AUGCUUCUGUAUCGCUCCGUUUCUGCGCUCCAUCUAGAGAGACUAAAGUUAUCGUCUAAGUUGCUUUUCUCAUUAAAAAAUUCUAACUUAUUGGUCCCCAGCUCAUGUUCUAUCCGAAUUGGGUUGGUUUGUUUGAAACAACCAUGCUCUAGGCAAUCAAGGGCUGUUGGAACUGUUGCUGCUUCUGCUGCAUCAACUGCUGCCGAUGGAAUUGGAAAGGAUACUUUUUAUGCGGCAGAAGGUGUUUCUUGGACAUCACUUGGUGUCUCUGAUACUGUUUCUCGAGCUCUCGGUAGUGUCGGAAUGCAGAGGCCAUCUUUGAUUCAGGCUGCUUGCGUUCCCUCUAUAAUGUCAGGAAACGAUGUGGUCAUUGCAGCCGAAACUGGUAGCGGUAAAACGCAUGGUUACCUUGUGCCCCUAAUUAAUAAGAUAUGCAGUGAACAUGGUGAGGACAAGUUGACUGAUGGAGACCAAGACUUGGCUUCAUUGAAUAAGCUUUCUCUCGUUCUUUGUCCAAAUGUAAUGCUGUGUGAACAAGUGGUUCAAAUGGCUAAUGCCCUUUGCGAUGAACAUGGAAAAUCGCUUCUCAGAGUUACAGCUAUUUGUGGAAGACAGGGUUGGCCAGUUCACAAGCCGGAUAUUGUUGUAUCAACUCCAGCAGCUCUACUUAACUAUAUUGAACCAAACAGGAGUCGGCGUUCGGCGUUUCUUCGUGCUGUGAAGCAUGUGGUUUUUGAUGAAGCAGAUAUGCUUCUUGUUGGCAGUUUUCAGAAUAAGGUCAUCCGUCUUAUAAACUUGCUGCGGUUUGAAGAAAAGCUAUUGUCUCGUUCAAAAGAAUUUCCAGAGAGGCUCAUGGAAUUAGAAGCUGACCCAUUAUCCCAGCUUAUUGUACAGGAUGAGGAUGACCUACAAACUGAAACCACCUCUGAAGGGGAAGGUGAAGGGGAAGAGGAAGGGGAAGGGGAAGGGGAAGGGGAAGGGGAAGAAAGUUAUAACGAAGUUGAAUCUAACAACAUACAGGAUGAAACUGAAUGUGUGUCUGGGAAAGUUAAACACUGGAGAAGAGUACGAAAAAGUUACGAACGCAGUAAACAAUACAUUUUUGUUGCUGCAACUCUUCCUGUGAAUGGGAAAAAGACUGCUGGUGCUGUGCUGCGGAAAAUGUUCCCAGAUGCUAGUUGGGUUAGCGGGAAAUACCUACACUGCCACAAUCCCAGAUUGGAGCAGAGGUGGGUCGAAGUGAGCACUGAUAACCAGGUGGAUGAACUCAUCAAGGCAGUGAAUCAAUCUAAAUCUCAACUUAGGGUUCCUGAUGACGGUGUCAUCCGAACCAUGGUAUUUGCAAACACAGUUGAAACUGUUGAAGCAGUGGCAAAUAUAUUGUUGGGAGCAGGUAAAGAAUGUUUUCGUUACCACAAAGACCGCAGUUUGGAGGAGCGGUCGAAGAUCUUGGCUGAUUUCAGAGAGGAAGGUGGCGUUUUUGUAUGCACUGAUGCUGCUGCAAGAGGAGUAGAUAUUCCGAAUGUAUCCCAUGUUAUUCAGGCAGACUUUGCUACUUCUGCUGUGGAUUUUCUACAUAGGAUUGGUAGAACUGGUAGGGCUGGUCAACGUGGACUUGUCACUAGCCUGUACACUAAAGCAAACCGUGAUCUCGUUUCAGCAGUUCGACGUGCAGAAAACUUAUCCCAACCUGUGGAGGCAGCAUUUAGCAGGAAACGAAGCUUCCGAAACAAGCUCAAGAAACAAGGUUCUGCAAAAGAGAGCGUUAUGGCAUGAAUAGAAGAUAAAUCUUUUAAUGUAUAGAUGAAGAAUGAUGAACACUAUUAACAUUCCCUAUUGCUUCACACUUGAUCAAGAUCUUGAAAUGCUUAUCAAAUCUUUUGUUCAUUCGAUGUAUACUUGAAGAAAAGGAAACAAAGAAAAGGCUUCUGAUAUUUAUAGAUUUAGAAUGCAUUCAAAAGUUAGAAA